AUGAUUGACGAGCUGGCUACCCUGCUCAUGUGGAUGGUCUACUUCUCAUGUGGCAGCCCAUAUCGAUUUCCAGAGCUUUUGACUUUGAAAUACGCAGGUGACGACCGGAACGUGUUCUUGGAUGAUAAGUCGCGAUGCAUCCAGCUGCUGACAACGUACUCCAAGGUUCGUGGCUACAAAAAGAUUAUAAAGAUGCUGGACAAACGGACCUCGAACUAUGUGUUCUACUUUAUUAUGGUAUUACGGCCCAUACAGAUUGAUAUUGUGGGCAAGGAAUACGACAAGAUUGGUCCUGAUAUCUUUGGAGAGGCGAUAUACAGUGACGAGGAGGUACCGCUUCAUUUCGAGGGAGAUGAGACUCUUACAAAUGAUAAGAUCUCAGCUAGUAUCAUUCGCUCGUAUCUCUUCGUUGAUGUGGCCAAAGGAAGACUCAUCAAGGACACUACGUUCUUUUCUAUGUUGAAGAAAUACCCCGAAUCGGUGCGAGACACCCAGCGACUAAACUUUCGAGAGCUGAGGCACGCCAUGAUAGCAAUUAUCAGGAAGUAUAUCAAAACCGAUAGCGACUUGGGGCAAACCUUGUGGGAUGCAAUGAAGGAGCUAUUGUCUGCGCACUCAGUCAGAACAGGCAGAGAGGUCUACGGGGUUGAUCCUUUCUCCAUCGAGAGUGUGGAGCCUUCAACUGCUGGAGAGCUGCAGCUGGGAGUUGCCAGAAUGUGGCAUGCUUGGAUUCACCUUGAUGUUACUAUUAGAGCAGCACCGAGGUCAAGUGGCCAAAUCGAAAGCGCAACGCCUCCCUUCCGACCCAAUGUCAGUCUUAAGGACAUUUUCCAAGCUGGGCAAAGCAUAUACGGGAGGGGCUUCAAGCUCAGCCAGGACCAGCUGCUACUUGUCAGUGAGAUAUAUCUAUCAACGACACCAGUGAUUCCCAUUCAGGCUCCUACGGGGUUUGGUAAGACGUUGCUGUUUGAGUUGCCCAUGUUGGCAUUGCGCAAGAAAAAUGUCGUCUCGUUUGUCUUUGUUCCUUACAAUACGCUUCUCGGAGACAUGAGUCAAAGACUGCAGAGAGACGGACUGCGCGUAGGCUUUGUGCGCGAUCUGCUGAGUGAUGACCCUGUUGGACGUCACGACUUUUGUGACGUUUACGUGGGAAUAUUCGAUAACAUGGGAAGAUCUGAUUUCAGGCUUCUGAUAGAGGGUGCAUCCUUAGGAAUGCUAGUGAUUGACGAGUGUCAUAAUCUGUAUGAUGAAAGAGAUUUUAGAGCAUCCGGUUUCAGAGGCAUUCCUGCUGUUCCUUUGUCAAACUUCUGGAAGGUGGUGCUACUAACAGCCACAGCCGGAAAAGAAGGGCUAAAGAGACCAUUGGACUUUUUGAAUCUCGAAGACGUCGAGAUAUGGGACAUGAUAACGGAGAUGCCAUUGAAACAUGUGGAAAAGACUUUUGAGAAAGUCAAGCAGGGGCAGCUUGAUACUAUUGCAUUGCAAUACAUAAACGAACAGCAAGACGGAAAGGUGAUUGUUGUACUUGGGGAGAAAGCCAGAGUAGAGGAGUUUGCUCUGAAUCUGGAUAUCGAUUGCAUCUGGGUCCAUGGCGAUCUCGAAGCUAAGGAAAAGGUGAAGAGGAUACAGAACUUCAAAAACCAGGAUACCAAGGUGCUAGUGGGAACAAAGCUGGUUUGCGAGGGCAUUGACAUAGCCGAGGUGCGACUGGUGCUUCUUGUGGGGUACAUGCCGCCAGUGUCGACAUACAUCCAGAUGGCAGGACGUUUGAGAAAGGCGGGGAGGUGCGUGACACUCUGGAACAAACGGUCGUUACACAAAGAUUCCAUGCGUGUGCGGAACUACGCCAAGGCGAUAAGGGAGUUCUAUGGGCUGGAGGAGGAAGCAGGUGAGGAGACCGCAGGUGGGGAGAACGCAGGUGAGGAGAUCGAAGGUGAGCCGGGUCUUGAUGAUGACGAAACUACAGGUGUAAUGGGUCUUGGUGAUGACGAAACUUCAGGUGGAAUAGGUACUCGUGAUCAAGAAACUACCGGUGAUCUUGGCAUUGCUGAUGUACAGCCUGAAAAUAUACCGCUAAGAGAUACACACGACAACACAAGUCAAAUGAUGAGUUGUGAAGAUCGAACCUAA